AUGGAUGGAUUCCGUCCUCUAUGGAAUUAUCAGGAGACCAUUGAUGAGUUGAAGCAGAAAGUUGUGUAUAAAACUAUUGAAUUAGAGUCACUGAAGACAGAAGCAAGUGAGCAAAUACAUAGGCAGAAGGAAGACAUAAAUCAUUUGAUCAAUUAUGUAAGGCUUGUUCACCAAGAAAGAGACCGAUACGAGAGAUUACUUAACAUGUUCAUGCCUUCAAACCCUACUGAAAUGCUACCAGAAAAAGAAAACUCAAUCAUAACUGAAUCCAACAGUGCUCUCUCUGAGACUAAUAACAAUAGUCACUACUCACAUGGCGGGUCUCCCCCUGUUAAUUCCUUUUUCGACGCUGUUUCUUCGUCGUGGAGCAUCAAUGCUGCAACUUACUCUGGACAAUUGGGUGCUGGUGCUUUUGUGAAUCAACCCUUUACUGGCUCAAACCCAUCUGCAGGUUUGGUCCGUAAUGUUGAUGCUGUCAUUGAAAGUGUUGUGAAGGGAAAAGCAUUGCCUCAAAAGGGCAAGUUAUUGCAAGCUGUGAUGGAGGCAGGUCCUCUCCUUCAGACACUAAUUGAUUCAGGGCCACCACUUCCUAGGUGGACAAAUCCUCCUACAACAUUGUUGAAACCCUUUGAAAUUCCUCCCGAGACGGUCAACAGUAAUCCAAAUGCAGCAGCUGCUAAACAAUCAGGUUCCUACAAUUGCAAGAGACAAAAGUUUCAUUGA